AUGAUAAGUGCCCCCUUAGGGGAUUUCCGGCACACCAUGCACAUAGGCAGGGCAGGAGAUGCCUUCGGAGACACGUCUUUCCUGGCCAAAGUGGACGAUCAGCAAGAACCAGAAGAAUCGAAGAAAGAGUUUGGAGAUCUAACAGACUUGCCAGAUACGGCUCCCAAAAGCACCUACGGCAUGAAACAUGCAGAGUCCAUCAUGUCAUUUCAUAUUGACUUGGGCCCAUCCAUGUUGGGCGAUAUAUUGAGCAUCAUGGACAAGGAUCAGUGGGAGCAGGAUCUUGACCUAGGUCUCGACAAACUGGAUGGAAAUGGUGCAAACCGUCGCCAACACUCUAUGCCUUCUAAGCCAACAGGUCCCUCAGCAGUUAUUCCCUCAACAAAAGCUGCUCAUGGAAGCCUUCCUACAUCCAGCAGAAACAAUAAAAUUCAGCCAACCAAAGAAAACCAUUCAGUUUCCAGAGGUUCCUCAGGAAUCCCAGAGGAAAAACCAAGAAAGGGAAGAGACUUCUCCUUCAUGGAUGAGGAGGAGGAGGAUGAGAUAAGGGUGUAG